AUGUCGUGGUCUUUCCUGAAAAAUCAUUCGCGAACAUUGCUACUCGCGAUUCCAUCAACAGUUGCUCUCGCUGGAUGUUUAUGGCGUAUAAUCAAGAAGUAUCCGUCGACAAUUAUCAUGAUUCCAACUGAAGAAAAUCAGUUCAUUCUUAAUCAAUGUCCGUCAUUUUCGGAAUACCGCCCGACACCUUGGUUAUUCAAUAGUCAUCUAAUGACGGUAUUCGGUGUUCUCUUCCGUGCACUACCAAAGAUCAUCUUUCAACGUAUCCUUCUUCCGGUUGAUGAUUCUGGUGGAACAAUUGCGAUUGAUUGGCAUACACGACCACGUUCUGGCCAGCCAGUUCUAAUCAUUCUUCAUGGAUUGACCGGUGGUUCAGACAAUGAAUACGUCCGUUGGAUGAUUUUAUCAGCUCAUUCGAAACUCGACAUGUGUUGUGCUGUUGUACAUGCACGUGGAUGCGGUCGAUCGCAAUUAACAUCACCACGAUCGUUUUGUGCUGCAAGUACACAUGAUCUACGUAUGUCUGUGCAAUACAUCCGUUCGAUUGUCGGAAACGACACACCUAUAUUUGCUGUCGGAUAUUCUCUCGGUGCAGGUAUAUUAACAAAAUAUCUAGGAGAAGAAGGCAAUGAGUGUCGAUUGAAUAGUGCAAUUAUCUGCUGUGCAAGUUUUGAUAUGCUUCUCUCAACAGCAAAUAUGGAACAAUGGUGGCAUACGCAUACAUAUAAUCGUCGUUUGACUAAUAAUCUCAUACGAUACAUUCGACAACAUGAACAUCAUUUUCUCAAAACGGAAUCUCUACCAAAUCUAAAUAUGAACGAAGCAUAUCAAUCAAAGACGAUACGAGACUUCGAUAGGCAUGUGGUCGUUCCUCAAUAUGGUUUUCGCGAUGUUGAACAUUAUUAUACAGAAGCAUCUUCGAAGAAAUGGUUGAAACACAUUCGUACUCCUACACUUAUCUUAAGUGCGAUCGACGAUCCCAUCUGUCCUAUUGAUGGUUUGCCCAUCGAUGAUGUCCUCCAGAAUCCACACUUGAUUGCAGUCAAAACUGUAGAAGGUGGUCAUGUCAGCUAUCUUCAGGGUUGGUGGCCAAGAACAUAUUCCUACGAUAAUGUCGUCGUAGUGGAGUAUAUCAAAGCUCGGCUGAAGCAGAUGAACUUCGAAUUUGAAAAUAAAACGGAAGAACAAAAUCUCCUCAAUAUCAAUGUCUAA